UAAAAAUCGGGAGAAUGAGGUUUAGAAUGGCAUUGUGACUUGUGAGCAGUCUGGUAUGCAAAUUCUGUGAGGAAGAAGCAAUCAUCGAUCGAUUAUAAUGGGAAGCGAUAGAAAAUCAAAGCGAAGUACUCAUUCUUCACCCAAGGACCAAGAUGAGAAGAAAAGCAAGAGACAGAGAACGGUGGAGGAUGAGGAAAAGAAGAAACGGAAGAGGGAAAAGGAAGAGAAAAGGAGGGAGAAGAAGUCUCACAAGCAUUCUAGAGAAAAGUCUGAUAAGGGGAAGAAGUCAAAAGGCAAGCACAAAAGCAAAUUUAAUAAAGGCGAUGGCCAUACGGAAUUCCAAGAAUUGUCAAACGAUGACUAUUUUGCAAAGAAUAAUGAGUUUGCUACCUGGCUGAAAGAAGAGAAGAAUGUGUUUUUCUCUGAUCUUUUAUCUGAGUCAGCACACGAGUUGUUUUCAGACUUUGUCAAAGCAUGGAAUAAAGGAAAGCUUGAUUCGCAUUACUACGAAGGCAUUGCAAGCGGUCCCCGCACAUCCCAUAAUUGGAAGAUCAAGAAGUAGCUUUCCUUUCUAACCACAGACUUGAAAGUAAAACUCAGUAAGUAUAGAUGUCUUUCUGCAUCAAUCUUUCUUUGAGAAUCAGCGUUUAUUUUGCAAAAAGCGAAAAUGAUACUAGAAUGGAGAACAGGUGAAUUAAAACAAAAACUCUUAGAAUUUAAGUUAUAUUUGCAGCAGCAGAUGGGCAUGUCUCUUUACCUGGCUGUGUUUUUGUAAAUCAAUGUGACUGAUUCUAUUGAUUCUAAGGAUAGGUGAGGGAUGGUAGAUCUAUGUAGC